AUGGAGCGUCAGGAGCCCGACCGAUCAACGGCCACUUCAGUGCAGGGUUCCAAGAAAUCGAAGCGGAGGCGUUCUUCUAAAAAGCCCAACAGCAACCAAACGCCGAAUGCUGAGGUGAGCGGUCAACACACGGCGGCCUCCGAACCGGCACCAAAGCCAGGACAGCCUGACCAGGACAGCACAGCGAUCAGCGCAAUUCGGGAGGGAAGUCGAGUCAAGAGGGGCCAUCGCUCGAGGAAGAGCAGUUCUGCAGGACGCCAUGCUGAGCAGGAGCAGUUGAGCGGUCAACACACGACGGCCUCCGAACCGGCACCACAGCCAGGACAGCCUGACCAGGACAGCACAGCGGUCAGCGCAAUUCGGGAGGGAAGUCGAGUAAAGAGGGGCCAUCGCUCGAGGAAGAGCAGUUCCGCAGAAAGCCAUGUUGAGCAGGAGCAGGUGGCUGUGACGGACAAGGCGGCUGACCUGAACAGGCCUGUAUCUGAGCGCUCGAUGACCAGCACCGCCCUGGAGCGCAGUGGCGUCAAGAAGGGCCGUCGUUCGAAGAAACUACGUUCGGUCUCUUCGGCCUCGCAAGAGACUCCGAAGCUGGAGGUGACUCAGCAGCUGUCAUCAACAUCUCUGGAAUCGGGGACUUUAUUCAGCACCCCAUUUCCACCGCAGCCGACCCUCGCCAAAGACGAGACGGAAGCGGACAAGAUGGCAACUAAGCCUACCGCUGCGACAGACGCAGCGCCGGUUCAGCCGCCUCAACCUGAUGCUGGCAUGGAUGCUGUAGAGGCCAAGGAGGAAGUGCAUGCCCAAGCAGCAGCGCCUGCCAAACCAAAUGAACCGGAGCAUAUAGGUUUAUUUCAGCAGCUGCAUGAGGGGAACGGCCGUAAGGAGCCGCCGCUGCGCUUACCUGAAGUUGGUGAUGAUUCCAAGAUGAGCAUCCCGGCAGACAACCGGUGCCCGCUGUUUGUCGCGGCACUGUUGUCGGUGUUCGUCCUCAACGCCCUGGCUGUGCUGUGGUUGCUGAUGCACACCUGGGACGACGAAGAGAUGCACAUCGAAGUACCCGGACUCGGAACCUGCCGCGGGCUUCGGGCAAGCGUCGAGAACCGGCCCGUCUACAUGUUCCGGGGCAUCCCGUUUGCCCGCAGCCCCGAAGGACAGCUGCGGUUUGCGCAUGCUUCCAUGGUUUCCGGCGACAACCACGCGGAAAUAGACGCCAGGACUCCGAAGCCCGGAUGCGUCCAGAAACCGUACACGGCAAAAGGGCAGGUAAUCCUCUCCAACGAGUACACCAGCGAGGACUGCCUUCACCUCAACGUGUGGACGCCGUGUACGGAGUAUAGUACGCCGGGCUGCCGGAAGACAGUACUGGUGUUCUUCCACGCGAUCGAGUUCCAGAACGGCGACAAUAACUACUACGACGGCCGCUGGCUCGCGGGACUUGGUGAUCUCGUCGUGGUGGCGCCCAACUUCCGGCUGGGUGCCUUCGGCUUCCUCAACAUCGAUUGUCUAGUGGGAGGCGACAUCCCAUGCACGCCGGCUGACGUGGGCCUGGGAGACCAGCGUAUGGCCGUGCAAUGGGUGCUCGACCGCAUCGCCAGCUUCGGGGGCAACGCCAGUGACGUUGUCCUAAUGGGCAGCGGGUCCGGAGCGUGGUCUGUGGGCGCCCAUCUACUCCAGGACGAAACGUCUGGGCCGCGCUUCUGGAGCCACGAGCGCUUCGCCAAAGUGAUCCUCAUGAGCGAGUCGCCAUUUCGGAGGUACUUUGACGACAAGUCUCACGAGCUGCCGGACCUGCUCAACUGCUCCCUCGGAGACGUGGUCGAGAAGACGCACUGCAUGAGGGUCAUCCCGUCGCGGGAGAUCGUUCGCGUCACCAGCGAAUUGGUGCGCUACUUUGGACCAUCGGGCCGCGCCCACCCAGCCGUCGAAGAUUCGUUAAGGGUCACCGGGCGGCGAUUCCUGUUGGGCACCGUCAGCAACGAAGGCACCCACCUUUUUACCUCAAGCGGGUCAGGUGUCUUCUCCUACGUACACGCUUUCCGUCAUCUUAGAUUAGAUGAGACUGGAUAGAUAGAUAGAUAGA